AGUUAAUCUAUUUACUUCAUCAAACAAUUCAGUCCAUAGGUACCCAGUUCUAUUUGACCAUCGCUACUAACUCUCCACUGCCUUACCUUCAAACAACACCCACUUAACCACUUACACGCAAUCAACCAAUCAUCAACGACCUCACUCUCAAGCAACCAUGAGCCGUCGACAAGACCACCACCAGCGCCACUACGGCCAAACCUACAACACAGAGAGCUCUAGGAACUGGAGCGAGGAAGCUGUCAGAGGCAGCUGGGAUUCCAACUACCAGAGAACAACAUCAGCCAACACAUCACCAAGAGACCAGUCCCAGGCCUGGAGGCGACCAAGUCCCCAAGCCUACGACAGACGCCAGACGAUGGUUAACCAAUGGCUCGGCCAACAGUACAGCCACGAUCCCUCGAACGUAAUGGAUGCCGUUUCUGAUCUCACAACUCCCACGACAUCUCCCGCCUUCAGCGACUCUCCCACAUUUCCCUCUCGAACCCAGGAAGCACCUCCAUAUCAGACACAUACCGUAGCCAAUGACUUUCUCGCACCGCCUUUGAGGACUUCUAUCCCCCACCGACCGCAUGAUGGCCACCAUCACAAUGCUCCCCCAGCUUCCUCUCGAGGCUCUACAUCUUACCGCCUUGACAACAGAUCCGUGGACUAUCGACACAUGGAGCCCAGGUCAGCGGAGCAAGAUCUUCGAGGAGUUGGCUCAUUUGCCGACAAUGAUCGCUCACGCCGGGAAGUCAAGUACAAACCACUCAGCAAUUGGUUUGGCCUCUGGUUACCCCCUCAAGAAUGAGCUUCGCCACAUCAACGCCUAAGAUUUGACACCACUUCAACUUCAAUGCUAAGCAACGAUUCCAAGUGCGCAGACACAACUUUUGGAGAAAAGGCAUCUAGAGGAGCAUAGUACUCUCCAUUGCGUCUCGAUUUCUUUCAUUUUAUUUCUUGUUUUCCUCUCUUCUUACCUCCUUUUCUUUCCAGAUUUCUCUGUCUCUCCUCUCUCUAACACAGCCUGACUUACAUACAUGGCUUAUGUUGGGUUUACAUGUUUCCCCCAUUUUGUAUGGCAUUUCUUCUUAGAUCGGACAGUCACAUUCCUUUGAUUGUGCUAGACCAGUGUUGUGAUCUUUUCAUACAAAUCCUCUCUCUCUCUUUUCAUUAUGG